AUGACUUGCUCUUCUGUUUUGUGUUCUUGGCCAGUCAAACUGCAGCCACAACCGUUUGGUUUAAAAGCUUGUAAAUUGGUAAGAAAUGAAAGAAACUGUGUGUCUCCUAAAACAUUUGCUAGUAUGGCCAAAGGAAGCACAACAACUACCAAAGAAAGUGCCUCGGAAUGGGUCAAACGUGACAACAGAAGACUGCUUCAUGUUGUUUAUCGUGUUGGUGAUUUAGAUAGAACAAUAAAGUUCUAUAAAGAAUGCUUAGGAAUGAAACUGUUGCGGAUACGAGACAAUACUGAGGAGAGAUAUACCAAUGCGUUUCUUGGAUAUGGCGCGGAAGAUUCACACUUUGUUAUUGAACUAACAUACAAUUAUGAUAUUGAAAAAUAUGACAUUGGAUCUGGAUUUGGUCAUUUUGGUAUCGCGGUUGAUAAUAUUUCCAGGGCCGUGGAUCUCAUAAAGGCCAAGGGUGGCACUGUAACUCGAGAACCCGGUCCUGUCAAAGGUGGAAAGUCAAUCAUAGCAUUUAUUGAAGAUCCUGAUGGUUAUAGGUUUGAACUUAUAGAAAGAGGUCCAACACCAGAGCCACUUUGUCACAUUAUGCUCCGUGUUGGAGAUCUUGAUCGUUCUAUUUCUUUCUAUGAGAAGGCCUUCGGUAUGGAGCUCCUGCACACAAGAAAUAGCCCUGAAUAUAAGUAUACUAUUGCAUUGAUGGGUUAUGGACCUGAAAAUAAAAGUUGUAUGCUGGAGUUAACAUACAAUUAUGGUGUCACUGAAUACGAUAAAGGGAACGCUUAUGCUCAGAUAGCAAUAGGAACAGAUGAUGUAUAUAAAACUGCAGAAGCAGUUAAACUUUUUGGUGGCGAAAUUACCAGAGAACCCGGACCGCUUCCUGAUAUCCACACCAAAAUUACAGCAUGUUCGGAUCCGGAUGGUUGGAAUUCUGUUUUUGUUGACAAUAUCGAUUUUUUGAAGGAACUAGAAUGA